AUGACAAGAUCAAUUUUUAAAUUUUUAGAUGAUGAUAUGGUAUCUGUGUAUCUUAGUGGCAUUGAUAAAAAUAAUAAAAAAUGGACCGCUCGAGAAAUUCAAAAGUAUGACAUACCAAAUUAUAAACAUUUAUUAUCUGAUAUAAAUAUUAUGAAAUAUAUGUGUCAAGAAAGACAGUUAAGAAGUGAGGAAAUUAAACUUAGGAAUAAGCAAAAGAUUCAAGAAAUAUUUCAAUUUAAUGAAAUAUCAAUUAAUUUUGAUGAUAAAGGUUAUGAUUUACCAACUUUAGAUAACUUACUAAAUUAUUGUGAAAAAUUUGAAGAAUUUAUUAAUAUACUUUUUAACAAUGAAGUGAUAGAAGCUAAUAAACUUUACACUCAAGAGAAUAACAAAAAGUUCACAUUUUGUAAAAAUGCAAAUG